CCAGCGUUGAGACUGCCCUAGAGGCAAAUUAUUCUCGUUCGUUUUACUUGCCGCACACACGACAUGAACGGCGUCAAGACAAGCUUGGCGUCCCUAACGUCCAGAGGGUGGUGGUUGACAAGCCUCCUACUACUAAUGCUUUGUCACAUCACCGCCGCAUUCGCCUACCUACCUGUACAUGGUCACAAGAACUCCACGGCCUCUUUGUCUGCGCGUGACGGCACCUUCUACCUGCGCAUUCCCCCCCUGGGCGCCUCCAUCACAUGGGGCCAAGGCUCGACAGACGGUAAUGGAUACCGCAAACACCUGCGUGACCAGCUCCGGUUCGAUGGCUGGAACGUCAACAUGGUGGGCAGCCGGAGUGGCGGCACGAUGAAUGAUAGGGACGUGGAGGGCUGGCCGGGCUACCGCGUCGAGCAGGUCGACGACAGGGCGCGCACCGUGGUGCCGCUCUACAAGCCCAACGUGGUGCUUAUCAACGCGGGGACCAACGACGCGACGCAGGACUACUACGUGUCGACGACCAGGGACCGUAUGCGGGCCAUGAUCGAGUACAUCUUCGCGACGGUGCCCAAUGUCACCGCGCGCUCGCCUCGGAGCUCCAGGACCAACACUGACUACGCCGGCUGGUACAACAGGGGCGUUGUCCUGUAUCUGGCUAUCCACCUCGGCGAUUUGAACGGCGACGGCAGCGGCAGCAUUCCGGACGAGGGAAAGUGCUCGCCGGACGACAUGACCUACAGCAGUACACGGCCUUCGCGCGAGGGCGAGUACAUGCGCUGGCUCCUGAUGGAGCCCGAGUACGCGGCGACGACGACACGCGAGUACAUCACCAUCGUCAACUUGACCCCACACCCCUUCAUCCUCGAGUCGACUCACCAAUACCAGAUGGACGGGCAGAACAUGGCCGAGCAGACAGGACGGGUAGACGCGAACCCGGUCGACACCAACGGCGAGGCCUACUACAGGAUCGGCGACACGGGCAAGGAGUUCCAGGUGCGGGCGACGACGCACAUCCCCGACACGUACCCGCGGCGUGUCGUGUUCGACCUGACCGGCAUGGGCAAGGGCCAGGGCGAGUACAAGGUGCUGGAGCAGGAGACGUCGGUGACGCUGGUCAUCACGGGCAGCAACGACUACGGCUUCAUCACGUGGCUGACUUUCGGGCCGGGCAACUGGAUGAACGCCCUCAAGGAGGUCAUCAAGGACCGGCCCCUGCGGCACUUGGUGAUGCCGGGCUCGCACGACUCGGGCAUGAGCAAGCUCACGGGGGCCAUCCUGACGGGGGCGACCUCGUCCAACACGCAAACGCAGGGGCUGAGCACGUACGGCCAGCUGCGGAUGGGCGCGCGGUGGUUCGACCUCCGCGUGCAGACGGUGCACCAGGUGGCGCCCAAGUGUUGCGAUGACUACGAGUUCUGGACGACACACAUCAACGACGAGAGGGCCGAAAUGGCUAUCGGGCAGUCGGGCGAGCACUUGGACGAAGUGGUGGACAACAUCAACAAAUUCACGAGCGAGAACCCCGGCGAGGUCAUCAUCUUACAGUUCCGUUACCUCAUCGGCAUCCGUAAGGUGCCCAGCCUGGGCCCCAUCUACUGGGAGACGAAGCAAAAGGACGAGUUCUUCGACAAGCUGCGCAGAAUCAACAACCGGUGCGGCAACAUCCUCACCGAGAGCAAGCUCGGCUUGACCGAGAAGGUUCUCGCCGACCGGACCGUCGGCAGUCUUAUGUCGUCCAACGGCGGCAAGGGGUGCGUGUUCAUCUUCCUCAACACGGCGCACCUGAGCAAUAUCGCCGAGGCGGACCGAGUGGCGCGAUCGGACGGCAUCUACAAUCGUAGAGAUCUCCCGUGGUCCGACGGCUGGCCCAACAAAGAGGACACCAAGGCCGUGGCCGAGUUUAACGUGAACAGGUGGGCGGAGGCGCGCAGCGACGUGCUCGUGUCCCAGUGGCUCACCACGCCCGACAUAUUGACGUCGACCUUUUCCUACAGCUUGCAAGCCAUCGCCGUGCUGCUGCCCAAGCGGAGCGCCAGCGCCUUCACGGCGGCGCCGCAGCCCAAUAACCCGCUCGUGUCGUCGUGGAACGGCAUCAUCUUUGCCAACGGCACAACCAUCGACAACCCGCCACCGACCCUUCACGUGGGCAAGCCCGAGAUCUUGAGGAACGGGACAGUCUUCAGCAACGGUACUGUCCUGACCGAGGACAUCCGCAACCCGGAGUACGAGGGGCCUAUCCAUGCGAACCUGGCGAGCCAUUAA